AUGGAGAGGUUGAUCAUCGCUUUACUCCUGGUGUCUUUUGUCAAGCAUUUCCCAUCUCAUACAUACAUCUCCGUAAUGUAUUGGCUGAUAUGUCUUGCAGUGUGCACCCAAGAUGACGAAGGAAGGAUCAUCGGAGGGUAUCCCUGCCUCCCCCACUCUCAGCCAUGGCAAGCUUACCUGACUGGCCGGUACAUUUGCGGGGGAACUUUGAUUCAUCCAUCCUGGGUGGUAACUGCUGCUCACUGCUAUGGCGGCAACAUCGUCGUGCGCCUGGGAGAACACAACCUGGCUACCUGGGAGGGAGGGCAGCAGGCCCGGAACGUGGCCAGGUACUUCCGCCACCCUCAGUACGACGCCCGCACCCAAAACAACGACAUCAUGUUGCUGAGGCUGGACAGGCCCGUCUCGGUCAGCUGGAACAUACGGCCUCUGAAACUGCCUGCAAGAUCAGAGUGUACGUCCCCUGGGACAGUAUGCCUUGUAUCUGGAUGGGGCACCGUCACCACUCCCCAAGCAACUUUCCCACCAGUCCUACAGUGUGGAAACGUCAGGGUUAUUGCCCCAGAGAGAUGUGCAGCCUCUUAUCCUGGACUCAUCACAAACAACAUGGUGUGUGCUGGUUUACCGGAAGGUGGAGUGGACGCCUGUCAGGGCGAUUCUGGAGGGCCUCUUGUCUGUGAUCAGCAGCUGACAGGGAUUGUGUCCUGGGGCAUGGAGAGAUGUGCCCAGGCCAACCGGCCUGGGGUCUACACGAAAGUGUGCAACUACGUAGACUGGAUCCAGCAAACCAUGUGGAGGAACUAG